AUGGUUCUCGCCAAACCCACCUCCCGGUGCACGCAGAUGAUCCUGCUUAAGGUCCCUGUUCAACAUAACCUACGAGAGAAGACGCAAGGGACGGGUGCAAUAUGGUGGAAAGCACUUGCUGUGCUUCAGAAAAGCCCAGGCUUCGUACGUGUGUACUUUGGAAGACGAGUGGAGAUACCCGACUCCGUUCAUUUGCAUGUCGUCCGAGAGACGCUUGAGCAAAGCCAGGAUUUCUUGAAAUCGCCUCUAUACCAAGAGUUCAAGUCAGCCAUCGACCAGCUCACCAAUGUUGAACCGACCAUUCGUCAUGCAUUCAUCGGCGAAUAUAGCCCCGGAUGCGAAAGCCUUGCAAAGGGAGCCCCGGUGACUGGAACGGCUAUAUACGUGGAUCUCCAGGAUCUCUGGGACGAACGCUGGGAUCAAUGGACGGGUAUUGUGCCGAAGGUCGAAGGGUUCAUGGGGAUCGCGGGCGGACCGCUGGUGGAGUCCGUCGCCGGCUUCAAAGAUUGCUAUAUCGCUUUGGUAGGAUGGAAGAACGUCGAAGUACACGAUACAUAUCAUCAUACGGCGGACUUUGCGAGCAAGAGUCAUAUUCUAUUGGAUCCGGGAAGGAGCAAGAAGAAGUUCACCGAGUACGGACAUAUUGCGUUCGAGAGUGAUCUGGUGGUAGAGGCCGAUUCUGCUAGCAAGUUGUAA